GGGCCAGGUGAAUGCAUCUACAUGCUAAGUGUUUGACUAUCUAACCCUGUUCUGACAGGGCUUCAGAUUUCCCUGGUUAGGUACGUUUGACGCCAGGUUGAGCAUGAACCAAACAGCGAUGGCGCAGGAUAAAUGGGCCCAAACUGGCUGGAGGAUAGAACAGAGGUAUGGAAACAAAGUGCUGGUAGGCAACUGGGCGGAAGAAAGACUUCAGUUCACCCGGGAGCCGCAGACAACCAGCAGCACCAAUCGUGUAGACCACCGGCCCCACUGGGACUUCAAGCCAGACGUCUCUGAGAGAAGAUCCGCCCUGCUGAGAGCUGAGGGGCUGCCAUCCAAGCUGCUAUUUGCCCACGAUGGCCCACCAUCCUCUCAUUACUUGGUCACGCAGUAUGAAGAAAGCUACCAGCGUGAGCACACCAAUGCUUUGCCCACUGCGCGACCCUGGCAUCCAGACAGCUUGACAUGGCAGCUUGAGAGGUCUCACCAGCCAAUUUCGGCCCUUCCAACCAACUCUGGCCCGCUGCAGUCCACAAAGCACCGUUUGGAAAAGCAGCAGUCCCACCUCCUGUCACUGACUGUGUACAGGUCAGCAUACCAGAGGCACCCACUCAGUGCCUUCUGCCAGAGCCACUUUGCCAGGGCUCCACGCACCCUCUCCAGCCACCUCCAUGCAGCCAAUCGCAACAACAAGGACCUGGAUCUGAGGCGGCGCCCGCUACUACAAAUCCCAGAUCGUUGUUUGAGUCAACUUCCACAAUCACAAAAGGCUCAGAGACAAAACUGCGGCUUUUGAAUUGCCUCA